CUCAGCUUUUCCAAUAUUGUUUUUCUUUUUAUCAAAAUGAAAAGUUCUUGAAGUUGAUUCUUCAAAGAUGGUAUCAUAUCUAAGGUGGAUUUGGAUGUUCUUAAAUGCCUAAUUCACCCUGGAAAAAUUAAGGCAGACCACUUCGGAAUCUUGGGAAAGUUGUGGCCUUUCUGAAGGUUCUUAAUCUCCAGGGAAAGAAAUUCAUCAAUGGAAGAUAGGUGUGGUUAUUCGAGGCAGGGAAGUGGUGUGUGGAGAUCAUUGAGAGAUGGGGAUUUUGAGGAAGAAGAUGUUUGGGCAGUUCUUAAAGAAGGAAAAGAUUCUAAUACUAUCAAACUUGGCCAAUCCAUAGAAGAAUCAUCAUCAUCUGUUGUUACUGUUAGAAGACACCUCCCAAGUGCUGCAAGGAUGAUCCCAAGAACUUUCUCUGUUGUUAAUACCAGUUGCAGCAGCAAUAAUAUAGGCAGUUCUAGUUCAAGUUCCAGUCAUGAAGCUAAUGGUGGUGUCAAGCAGCAGCAAUCAGCUCCUGUCAACAUCCCUGAUUGGUCUAAGUUCUCUAGGAAGAACAAAUCAAAGAAGGGCUUAUCAUGGCAUGAUGAUGAUGAUGACGACUAUGACGAUGACGAUGAUCAUGAUUCUGGUGCCGAAGAAGAAGAAGGAUUCGAUUCCAAGUUGCCACCACAUGAGUUUCUUGCAAAGAGGCUUGCAAGGAGCCAGAUAUCGUCUUUCUCGGUGUUCGAAGGCGUUGGCCGGAAACUCAAAGGGAGGGAUUUAAGGAAAGUGAGGAAUGCAGUUUUGACAAGAACAGGUUUCCUUGAAUGAUGUUUUCAAGUAUAUGUUUAGUCCCUCUCCACAUUGAUGUAGUUUCAUAAAUGGUAGAAUGUGAAUUGUGGAAAGAGUUCUUUCUGUUUUCA